UUUGUUUUAUGGUUUAGAGGGAAACAAAGUGGUUAAGUCUUAAAAUCAUGUAGCCAUUCAGUGGUGGAAAAAAUUCCAAACUGCUGCUGUAAUAUUGGAAACUUCACUUCAUUGCUUAGAUAAAAGUUGUUUGCAAAAAGCAGGGAAUCAGCAGUGCCUGUCCUCUGAACACUCAUUAGUGAUACAACAUCCUUUAGACUCUAAUCUUAGGACUUAAGCCCCUUGCUCUAUCUCCAAGUGUCCUUUGCAUACUUUUAAAUCUGGAAUUUGCUGCAGUUGGAAGUUGUUCUUUGCAUUCUGCCUAUCUAGACUCUACAAUGCAAGCAGUCUUUUAUCAGCAUAAAUUCUCCAAGGAAUAUCUGAGUAUUCUCAUUUAGUUUCUAGUGCAACACCUGGAGGCUUUCAGGUUUGAAUUUUCAGAAGUAAAAAUGCACAUUUAAAUGUCAGAUUGCCAUUAAUACAUUAAACAAAAUUACUGUUCGGUAUUUAUUUGGUAGAGGUUAACACAAUUUCAUUAAUAUUAACUAGAGGAGCCCUCUGGCUUUACGCAUACAGAAAGAAUUUUCAACUAAAACUGGCAACUUCUUAUUUCAAAUCUGAAGACAAAAACCUUUCUAAGGCCUUGUAGAUGGUGUGGACAGCACCAGUUUUUAACAUACCUCUUCAGCAGCAGCAGUACUGUACCGUUUUACCAGAAGUUUCUUUGAAACAUUUCUAUUUCUGGUUUUAAACUUUUUUGGCUGUGUAACGGUGAUAAACAUUUGCUUUUGGGUAGUGAUGUGAAAUUUAAUCAGAAGAAUUUGUGUUCUUUUUUAAUCUUCACAUUAGGUAUAUUGUAGAAGGACAACAUCCUCAUUGAUUAUUUUUUUUCUUAAAUUCUUCAAAUCCAGUGCAAGAGAGAAACAUUCAAAAGGAGCUUUUUUGUUGUUGUUGUCCUUAGUGUAGUAUCUUGUCUGAACUGACACUGUAGAGGUGUCUUAUUUUUAAGAUGUCAACAAUAUCUAUUGAUCUGAAACCUCCAGCACAACGGUUAGUACAAACCUGCAGGCAGCACAUACAAGACUUAAGGCUGACAAGGCAAAAUAAUAAAACAGUUUGAUAUAUGGGAAAGUAACCACAAUCUGAGAGAGAAACCAGGAAAUUACAUGCAGGUUCCACGCAAAAGAAUCUUUUAAUGUGACUUUGUAGCUGGAAGGACAAAUACUGUCAUACACCAGAAGGAAUUUGUCUAAUACAGACUUUGCCUUCAAUGGUAUAUUCCCAGAGCCUACGUUUACUACAAGAGGAAGCAACAAGUUCCUUCAUUCUUCCAUUGCUGGGAAACAUGUUUUAUGAAUCUAGAUCUUAAGUUACAAAAACCCAGCUUCUUCCAUGAACACCGUUAUAAUGGUAAAAAGUGCUUUAGAUAGCAGUGAAUAUAAAUUUCUGAAUAUUCUGACAAAUCUGACUUAAUGGUCUGUGACUUUUCCCAAACCAUGUUUUUUGCUCUUGAAAACUCAAUUUCUGUAAUACUUUUUACUAGAGCUGUAGAAACUGGAAUGCACUUUAGUAUAACUAGAAAUACUAGCACAAGUGAUUUGGUGUUUUUUUUAAAUUAUUUUCCUGAUUUUUUUCUUUUUUUUUUUCUUCAAGAUUCUGUUUACAAUGUGCUUCAAUAGGUUUUUUCCCUUUUGCCAAACUCCAAGGUGUUGGUCAUAGAAAUACAAUAUAAUAUAAACAAUAUAAACCAUGAAGUGUGUACAGUGUGAAUACUGAAAUCACUGGAGUUGAACCUGCUGUCACUUCAUGAAGAAGUGGACAAUGUUUUUAUCUUCCCCAACAUUCUAAUAAAUAAUAAAAUAUAGACAAAUGACGAGAGAGUUGUCCUUAUGCCUUUUUUCUUUUUUUCUGCCUGAAUAAGAAGCAACGAUUUUAGACAAAGCUAAAGAUGCCAUUGAGAAUGGUAGAAAAAAAUCCCCUUAAGAUUAAUUGAGAUCUGUGCAUGAAUGAAUGUCUUCCAGGCAGUUUAAUGUUAAAUAAAAUAUUCUGAUGAUGUCACUUGCUUCUUUUAUUUUCUAGAAUUUGAUUAGUAUUUAGGGCAGGAAUUCUCUCUUACCUGGGUGUAUAGUAUGCGGUGGUCAGCUGGAUAAAGUGAAAGAGCAGGAGGUGUUCUAUGUGGCUGAGUUAGGUUCUGUAGGAGACAGGAUAGAUAUGAGUUUUGAGCUUUGGAUGUAGGCAUAGAAAACUUACUUUAAGAGUUAGAGUGGAAAGAAUUUAUUGUGGAAAUGAGACACCAUGAUCUCAAUUUUCUGCGACAGCCAUUUCUAGAGUCAUAGUACUUCAUUUCCAUACUGAAUUCCAGAAGUGCAGAACCACACGUGAAGUUGCGUUCUGUUUCCUUUACCAGCUUCCUCCUCCUCUGCUGUGUUCAGAAUACCCUGGGAGGACUAUUUUGUUAAAGAUGAGCUGCAUUUUGAAAUUAGAUUAAUAUUUUUGGGAUUCUUGAGAAGGCGUUUUUCCUGUAAUUAUUUAUAAUAAGUCUCUUGAAGUGCUUUGGGUUUAUUUUUUUAUUUGCUGGUCUGUGACACCUUUGCCUUCAGAUACUUUCUUCUAAUAAUUGCAGAAGAUGAGUUAAAGAAUUGUGAGGCAGGUAGUACCUGCUUAGAUUUGUAUCUGCUUAGAUUUCAAGGCUGGUUAAGAGUCAGCACAGAUGCACUUUGCCACAAAUUGGCAAUGCAGAAAGUAUUCUUCAUGCACUAAAAGACUGACAAUAACUUUAAAAGACGUUUUUUAUUCCUACUUGAUGUUUUCAAAGGUGAAGAGACUUAAGUUGAUGUAAUUUAAAAGCAAGUUGUUUCUGAUAAAUUAUGCAGCAGACUUUUCUUGAAGGCACACCUGGGGAGGAAAAGGGGACUUUUUUAGGUCACUAGGGGAUGAGACAUCUUUUUCUAGGACUGUAUAGUCUGACCAGAAUGCUUUGGACAUGUCUGACUUAACCUCUGUCAAUCCUUGUUAGGAUUGGUCAUGGGUAGAUCAAAUUUACUGCUUCCUGGUCACAGCAGACACAAGUAGUGGAAAUGUAGUGGAAAGCUUCUCUUUUGGGUGCAUGUGAUUUGACAUUACCACUUGUAACUUGUGAACCAAUGGAAUAUUAAUCUUGCUGUAACACGAGAAGUGGAGGAAAUCUGGUCUGAUGGAAGUAGCUUUCCAUAGAAACAGAGUAUUCAGAAUGCAAAUAUGAACUGGUUUUGCUAGUUCUCUCUUCAAAGCAUACAUAAAACAAUUUUGUAAAGGGAUAGUACCUUAAACUUGAAAUAUUAUGAUUAUCACAACAUUUCCAAUAAUAUUUGAUCUGAAUAUUUUUCUUCUGUGGUAGAUAGAACUUUUCCUUUGUAAACAGAGCCAGGAGUUAUAAAAAAAUACAGUGUUGAUCCCCUUGUCCACGUGGGGCUGGUGUUUGUAUGUCAGUCAUGGACUCCCCUCCACAGCAGGGGAAGAGAUUUAAGUACACUUUGUCCUGUGAUCAUCUGAUCGUCUUUUGAUCUUUCCUAUUGUUUAAAUGCCUCUACUAAAAACCUCACAUAGAAAUAGGGAUCCCAACUGGGGGUUAAUUUCAUAGGUGAAAUGCGGUAACCUUGUAUGUUUUCUCUCCUGCACCCAUAGACAGGAACCCAAAUUGUAAUUCAAAAUGCAGAAGAAAGUACAGAGGGCGAGCUUGGACAGGAUCUCUCUUCUCUGUUGUCUUGUGACACAGGCUUUCAAAGCUUCAGAGGUCUUUUGAUUUCUAAAAGAGGCUUUUGAUUUCUUGCACUUCAAAUGACUUUAUACUGUGUUUUGGUAGCCUGUUGAGAUCAUGAAGUAAUUAUUGAGAGCUGUAGAUAGCUAGUGUAAGUCAAAAUACAAACACUUGGUUUUUACUACUGCCUCAGGCUGAAUGUUAAAGCUGUUUUGCCAGCCCAAGUGUCAUGAUUCAAAAGAAUGCUGUUAACUUUCAAAGAAGUAAUAGUUGAACAUAGUGUCACAUAAAAAUCAGCUUUCCUAAAUUGCACUGAGUUGAAUUUUUUUUUAAUAGUUAAAACUGGAUCACUUUUCAAGUUCUUCUUCUCAUCAGUGCAGUAUGUUAGACUGAAAGUUAUUUCUAUUCAACAUACAAUAUUAUUGGGUAGUUAUUAAACGUGUCAGUCUCUGGGCUUUUGGAUACUCCAGAAGAAAUGGAUACUAUAUUAUUAUUUAUAAAUAUUCCUAUUCUCUUAACACUGAUGUAAUUAUUUUGCACAUCUAUCCAAUACUUUAUUUUCUGCUUAGAAUCUAGAAAUUUGUUUCAUGCAGGAGGAAGUAUAUAUGAGAAUUGUUUUCAUGAAUGCAUAAUCUAGCAGGCUUGCUAAAUUAAGUUGCCUGUACUGGGAUGCUGGUUUGUUUAAUCCUGUAAGACAUUUCACGUGAAUGUGUAGACUCUUUGCUGAAAGAAAUAGAGCCAAGGAAAGUGACGGAAAGUUAAAAGUAUAAAACAAUGUAAAACUUGGCUCACUAUUCAUUUUCUGCUUUUCAGUGUAUAGGAAAUACACGUUUGUGAUUAUAUGUGACAUGCAUGGUUGUUCUUUGGCAAGAAUAUUAAGAUAUCAUUUCUGGUUAUGCAUCUGAUUUUCUGGUUCAGAUAGGAAAAGAAGGAACAGCCUGUACCAUCCAAGCCAAAAACAGUUUGUUCAAUAAAUGUUACAGAAAAGAGACCUUAAAGAUUAUGAUGAAAUCUGGUUUAGUUGCUUGAGAACAUAGCACUUCAUGUACCGGAACAGGCCUUUUUUCUAUGUGAGAAUAUCACGCCAUGAUUGCUAUGAUCAAAACUCUUUACAGAGGGUGUUAGACGCUGGAACAGGUUACUUGGAGAGGCUGUGGAAUCGUCAUGGUUGCAGGUUGUGAAAAUUCAGCCUUGAUCUAACUUUGAAGUUGGCCUUGCUCUGAACAGGAGGCUGGGCUGGAGAACCUCCAGGGGUGCCUUCCAAUCUCUUUGUCUCGGGGGUACGGCAUUAAUAAGUGACUGUGUAGAACUUGCAAAUGGCAGAAGCGUUUUGUGCAGAGGAUACUCAAUAUCUUCUGUGUUUUCAAAUGCUCUGUUCUACUUGCUUAUAUCUAAGUAGUUAUAUUUCCUAUCUAUCUUAAUCUUUUUUGUGAUGUGUAUCUCAAGGUCUUCUUCACAGUUGGUUUGCAUUAGCUUAUACAAGGCAGGCGGGUGCUUAUGGAACUGUAGGACAAAGUUUAUAGUAGUUAAAAUACACAAUUUAUUUUAAAACAAGGAAAAAUAAGUUUUAAAUAUCAAUGCUACUUUUCAUACAGGAAUUAGGCUUAGUAUUUGAAUGUUUUGCAUAAAAGAAGAUAAGGAGUGGUCUUGUCUUCUUACCUGUGUGAGGUUACAUCUAGUGUUGGUGACCAGCAACCCGUCCUCCCAUAUCCCUCUCAAAAUUUUCUCUUAAAGCAUAUGCACUGGUUAGCUGAUCUGAUAUCUGCUGUAUAGAAACAGAGAAUAGUGCUUCAAGUAUGACAAGUGCAUGGAGGGAAAUAAAAUAAAUCAGUAGUUCCCCUGUACAAACAAGAGGAGUGAAAGUGAGAAGACUUCUGACCUCACACAAGGCAAAAUGGAUGGAUGGCCCUUGGCUUUCAAACCUGCCACUCCAGUGCUGCUUCAGCCACUGUCUAGGUGUUUUUGUGGAGUGUUUCAAGCUAUUUACAUUUUAUUUAUCAGUUGUUCUUCUGUGCGCCUGUCCAGACUCAACGGUGGGGCUUUUACCAGGAUGCCAGGCUGAGGGCUGGCUGGAUGCUGUGAGGAGGGCCCUCUUCAGUAAGACACUUCAUGCUUAAGGGCUCCAGAGUCCAGAUUCCUGUGGCAGCUUCCCUGCUCAGCUUUAAUUUUUUUUGACAUGUGUGCACUGAAUAAAUUGAUAAUAUGUUAUCACCAUUAUACUGCUUUCAGCUUGGGUUAUUUUUUAACCAGUCAUCACGGGAUGACAGUAUAUGUUGUGUAUUGUAAUCACACUCAGAAGUAGCAGCAGAACCAAGUCAGAAGCCUUGUCUAAAGGAUGCUGAAAGAAAGAUGUAUUUUUUUUUUUUUUUCAGUAAGUAUGUGCUAGGAAUUUAUUAGAAGCUAUAACAUACUGAAAUAAAAGAAAGGAAAAGUUCACAUUGUAUUAAUAAUUUAAUUUUAAGAUAAAGAUUUCUGUGUGAUAGCUUGAAGCAAUAGUUCUUGCUGAUAGAAAGCACAUGGGCUAGGAAGACUGAAGAGCUGGAAACACCGCUCCAGGUACCUGGUUACUUGGCUCUCUCAGGGUAUCCUGUAAAGUACUGAAGAAAAUUCUGUGAAGAGUGAAACUGAUGAAGUCUAGUUUCCUACUAAUCUGUGCUCUACGUCCUUUUCUCACCCCUACUCCCCCAUCCUCAAUUAAAAAAAAAAUAUUAAAAAGACCUCCAGCCCACCCCCUGCCAUUGUAAUGUCAGAGGAGACUAAGACCACGAAGUUUGCCCAGACAAGAGAGAGUGGGUGGUCUUGGCUGGUGUGAGUUUAAUUCUGUACGGACUGGCCAGGUGAUAGAGCAUGCUGAGGUGGUGAUGAUUGAGGUUGCACCUAUACAGCCUCUUGCUCACUGGAAGACUACGUUAAGUUUCUCUUUCUGUUCCCCACGCAGCUGCUCAUUUUCAUGAAACCUGUCUGUCCAGUUGGUUCCCAAGUGUUUCUGAGAGGCUGGGAGAGGAGGCACAACAAUCACAAGCCCUAUCUCAUUAAAGGCUAGAAUUAAAAAAUGUACCCCGUGCUACUGAAGAAAUGACCUACUUAUGAUGAAACACUGAAGUUUGUGUGGAUUUACACUUUUUAGAUAAAAAAUAUAUAAACUGUUUUUUGAAGAAAGUUUGAAUCAUCUCAUUGGUCACUUUUCUGCUGUGAUCCUCAGCUCCCUGCCCAGAUUCAGGUUUCUUUUUCAGAGCUUCAUGUAGAUUUUGUGCAUGCAGCGCUGUUCUGUUUGAGUAACUUCUGUUCUCUGUGCAAACUGCAACUUGAUCAAAAAGCUUUUGUGUCCUAAGUAGUAACUACACUAGGUUGUGUCUUCUGUUACCUUUUUCUCUGGUAGCAUUACAAAAACAUUUAUUUCAAAUAACUUCUUGACCUUUUUGAAUUUUAAAACUUUAGCAAAAGCUUAUUUGCUUUGUAUUAUCAAUAUAUUGAAAUUGUCUUUGCGCAGACCUUGCUAGUUGCCAAAUCCUGUGGUCCUUUUUGCAAUCCAUUUUUGGGGGGGUAUUUUGGAUUACAUAAGAGUUAUUUGUUUUUGUUUGGUUGGUUUUGUUUGGUUUUCUUUUUUUUUUUUAGAUGCAAAUUUAUUUUGAAUUUUUAUAGAAACUUUAUGGUAUUUGUAUAUUGCAAAUUGGCUUUGUUCCCAAAAAGCAAAUGAUUUCUAGGAUGUUUGCUUUCUCUGUGGUGAAAACAGUAUCCUUGUUUAAACAUCCUUGCUUAAACAAGGAAAGAGCAAAAUGCUUUUUGUUUGGGAACUCCCAAGCUUUCUAAUUCUCAAAACAUAUUUUUCGGUAAAUUCACUUUUGCUUCCAGUUUCUAACCCUCUGUACUGAUGUUAAUAUGAGUUAAGUAACAACGAAAUGCUUUAACCUUUAUUACAGCAUUAGCAGGCUGAGAUAUUACCUGAGGUCCAGCCUCAGAUACUUGAGUACCGCUUGUGUUGAACAAGAGUAGUGACAAAAGUGAAGCUCAGUGAGACAUGACAGACCUGGAGCAAAAUGUGUCACCUGUAUGAUGACCAGAACAAUCUCUGCUUCUUUCCCUCUGCAGAAGCAGGAAUAUAAGCAUCUACAGGCUGCAGGAGAGGUGGCUAAAAUUUGUAAUCAACAGUGGACAGAACUAACUUUGGUGAACAGACCUGUUUGUGUGUGUUUGUCCUGAAAGGUGAUCAUCCAAGAUUUAACAGUCUCAAAAGACGUCUAAAAAUCGUAUUAUUUUAUUGUGAUUUUUUCUAGGAAUGAGAAACCGAAGCUUAAGAAAUAUGGUAGUGAAGUAGGAGUUAAGAUUUAGCUUGCUGAAGAAGAACCAGAGUGUUUGACUUGCUGGCAGCUGGCCGUGCUUUUGGGACCGCAGGCCCCAGCAGGACUAGCCCAUCUUGGAUGUUUUAGCCAGGCUCCUCUCCCUGCUUUCUGGAAGUGUGUUAUCUUCACUGCUCUAAAAACUAUCAUAGAGCAUGGACACCAGUAAGAAGACAGAACCACCUUUAUCUGUAGAAAUGGUACAACAAAGGGCCAAUCCUGAUCGCAGUCCUUCAGCAUCGAUUUAUGUUCCAGAGCAAGGUGGCUACAAAGAGAAAUUUGUGAAUGCUGUAGAAGAUAAGUAUAAAUGUGAAAAAUGUCACCUCAUCUUAUGCAAUCCUAAACAGACUGAAUGUGGACACAGAUUCUGUGAAACCUGCAUGAAUGCCUUGCUGAGUUCUUCUAGUCCAAAAUGUACAGCCUGUCAAGAAAGCAUAGUAAAAGACAAGGUAUUUAAAGAUAAUUGUUGCAGGAGAGAACUGCUUGCCCUUCAAAUAUACUGCAGAAAUGAAAACAAGGGCUGUAAAGAACAACUAUCUUUGGGUCAGUUACUGAUGCAUUUGAAAACUGAUUGUCAGUUUGAAGAACUCUCGUGUCCUCGUGCUGAUUGCAAAGAAAAAAUACUGAGAAAAGAUUUGCCAGACCAUGUAGAGAAGACCUGUAAAUACCGAGAGACAACCUGUAAAUACUGUAAAAGCCAAGUCCCAAUGAUUAUGUUGCAGAAACAUGAAGAUACAGACUGCCCGUGUGUCAUGGUUUCCUGUCCUCAUAAAUGUAGUGUUAAAACACUGAUGAGGAGCGAGUUGAAUGCACAUUUGUCAGAAUGUAUUAAUGCCCCAAGUACCUGUAGUUUUAAGCGUUAUGGCUGCACUUUUCAGGGAACAAACCAACAAAUUAAAGCACAUGAAGCCAGCUCAGCAGUGCAGCAUGUUAACUUAUUGAAAGAGUGGAGCAAUGCUCUAGAAAAUAAGGUGGCCUUGCUCCAGAAUGAAAGUUUGGAAAAGAACAAGAGUAUACAAACUUUACAUAAUCAGAUUUGUAGCUUUGAAAUAGAAAUUGAAAGACAGAAGGAAAUGCUGCGGAAUAAUGAAUCUAAAAUACUUCAUUUACAGCGAGUGAUAGACAGUCAAGCAGAGAAACUGAAAGAACUGGACAAAGAAAUCCGUCCCUUCCGCCAGAACUGGGAGGAGGCUGACAGCAUGAAGAGCAGCGUGGAGUCCCUCCAGAACAGGGUGACUGAGCUGGAAAGUGUUGAUAAAACUUCAGGGCAAGGAGCUCGAAAUACAAGCCUGCUAGAGACACAGCUGAGCAGACACGAUCAGAUGCUGAGUGUUCAUGAUAUUCGGCUGGCUGACAUGGACCUCCGAUUCCAGGUUUUGGAAACUGCCAGUUACAACGGAGUAUUAAUUUGGAAAAUCCGAGAUUAUAAACGUCGGAAGCAAGAGGCAGUCAUGGGGAAGACUCUGUCCUUGUACAGCCAGCCCUUUUAUACUGGAUACUUUGGCUACAAGAUGUGUGCCAGAGUUUACCUUAACGGAGACGGCAUGGGAAAGGGGACACACUUGUCGCUGUUUUUUGUCAUAAUGCGUGGAGAAUACGAUGCAUUGCUUCCUUGGCCGUUUAAACAGAAAGUGACUCUCAUGCUAAUGGAUCAGGGACCGUCUCGUCGCCACUUAGGAGAUGCUUUCAAGCCAGAUCCAAACAGCAGCAGUUUCAAGAAGCCAACUGGAGAAAUGAACAUUGCAUCUGGCUGCCCGGUCUUCGUGGCUCAAACUGUUCUAGAGAAUGGAACGUAUAUUAAAGAUGAUACUAUUUUUAUUAAAGUCAUAGUGGAUACAUCGGAUCUACCAGACCCCUGACAUACAAUGGGGGAGGCCGAUUAAACAGAAGACAACUCCGUUUGGGGGUUUUAUAUCAGUUUGUCUUCAAUCAGAGGUCCUAAAGCUCACAGAACCACAUUGUGGAACAGACGGAAGAGUUUGAAGGCAUAACUGCAUAGGGUCCAAUUGCAAAAGUAGCAACACAUUAAGAAAUCAUACCAUGAUAUAUUUUUUAAUAGAACUAGCAACACUUAAGCUCUGAAGAAUCACUUAUCCCUCAUGAGGAUAAUGAUUAUGGUCAGAGAGGAUCUUUUUUUUUAACUUAUUAAUGAUCUAGUCAAUUGGAGGUGAAAAGACGUAUACAGUAUGUGCUGAAUAAAUUACUGACUUUUAUUUCUUUAAGCUAGAAUACAAAAACAAACAAAAAAAACUUCACACGUGGGCUAGCUGGAAAUUGUCAGCAUGUUAAAAGAAGAAAUGAUGAAGUAAUGUUGCAAUUAUGAUAUUAUUUGAAAAACUGAGGUGCAAUCUUGUCUGAAAUAUAGUAUAUUGUCUUUUUAAGGCCUCAUCUGGUCUCUGUUUUAAUAAUUACUUUGUCAGAAGAUCUUGGAAAAGUAUCCAUGUCUUCUCAAAAGUAUCUGAAUCAAAAUCAUAUUUUUAUUUAAAGUUCUAUUGUUACAGAAAACAUUUUAUUUUAAAACUGUUGAUAGACUGAUAUUUCUUGGAAGAAAAAUAGAAGAUAUCAAACACUGGUUAUCACUUGUGAUAGGAAAAAAAACUAUUCAAUUCUGUUAUUUCUCUUUAGAAAUGUAAACCUACAAUAUAUGUCGUAGUUAAUGACACUAUUUCAAAAUUAAGGAAAAAUCACUCAUGGAUGCUGUGCAUCAUUAUCAGAUUUAUAAUUGUUUUCACCCUAAAAUAGGGCAUUUGUUGAACUUUGGAGUUCUAAACGGAAUCCUGUACAUUUUUUAAAGUUCUGCCCCAUGCUUUCCAAUCAAGCUAUAUAUGUUGCACAUUAUGCUGCCAGCAGUAUAUAGUAUUUUCAGUAUUGGGGAGGAGGAUUAGUGCUGAAAAAAGCCUGUAUGUUUGUUCUGUACUAGCAGCCAUUGCUUCUUAAGGACAACUCAGCAGUGUCUUAAUGCAGUGAUGGUGGCUUGCAUGCAUACAUGUGCCUUAGAUGUGCUGUGCUGCUUAUAAACCAUAGCUUUUUAUUCAGAUGAAUUCUGAUAUCUGAAAUGGUAGUUUAAUUGGACUUCAGGCAUAAUGUUUAGCCUUGUCUUCAAAGCCCUUAGGUACCUUGCGAUGUACGAAAUAGAAGCCAAACCCCAUUUCUUUGGCUUCUGGAGCUUCUAUGACUUGGCCGUGGUGGAAUCCAUCUUAUUCAGGUGACAAAACGUUAUGCUGGGUGCUCCUGUGGAGCUUGCAUUAGACAGUCUCCAUGGCCACUGUGAAGGCAGGUGACAUUUUUCCUCUAAUGCCUGUGGUUGUAAGGGAGCAUCGCUUGAAACGCGCCCGCCUGAGAACUCCGUGGGGCUGGGAAUGUCUGCGCUCAUGGCAGCUUUUCAUAGCAGACAAGCAUCCUACCAGGGAAUGCACGGGCUUCUUUAUAUCUUACAACAGCCUGAACUGCAGUGGAAAGCGUUUGCUGGCACUGAAACAUGCUGAUUGCAGCCUGCCGUGUUCAUCUGCUUCGAUUUAAUAGCCUGUGACAAGCGAGUCUAGAGACACAGCCUGACUGUGGUGCUCUUUAAACUCCAAGAACCGCUUAAGCAGAGCGGACUUGCACCACUGCGUUUCUUGCCUUCGUGGGCUUGAAAGAAAACGUUGCAUCUCAGCCUUUCAUGUCAGGUUGUAUCAGUUUUUCUGCUUUUUGAGGCAUCGUCACCAUUUUUGUCCAAGGUGCGGUUGAAUUCAUGCCUUUGUAUUUCAGCUUGUCUUUGCCGCUGUCUUUUUUGGCUGUGCCUUCACACACAGUGCCUGCAAGGAGUUAUUUAUGAAUAUACAAUGCAUGCUAAGUGGUCUUCAUGGGUUUUCCAGGCACCUGCUACAAUACUGCCUGCUGCUGACCGUCACCGCCGUCGGCAGCAACUUGUCUUCCUGUUCUUGCCUUCCAUUCUCCUGGUACUGUACUCCCUUUAUGGUACACAGCUGUCAACGGGUGCAAGCUCAACUAUGGAGGCAUGUGCUAGUGUUUAAUUUUCUAGCACGGAAGGAGGAUGUUCUGCACAAGAGAUAAAUAUCUAUAGAUAUACCCGCAUCUAUAUCUCUAGAUAUCAUUAUAUACGGCACUUGCAGUUUUAUGCAGGCUGCGUAAGCAAACCCAUCACUUAACGCUUUGGGGCGAAGGUUCGCUCGACUUGUGUCAUUUUAAUAAUUGUGAAUGUAGGCAGCUGAGCUUUUGUGUUUGUGCAUCACAGAAUUUUACUGAAAACAGGAUUCCCAAGUGGAAAUGUCCAAAGGACUCUCCUCCCAUUGCUAAUGCAUGUCUUGUAAACUUAAAUGAAACCGUUUGGCCAUCUCAAAACAGUUUAUAUCCUGUUUCAAUCUGGGACUUGGAGGAGAUUUCUAGUGUAAGCAGGGCCCAGCAUAUUCUGCAGAUUUGUGACUACAGUUUCCAACUCCUGUGACAGAAUUGCGCUUCUAAAUCCAGGCUCUCUAAAAGAGGAGGAAAAGAGAGUUUCCAGCCUUUGUGAUUGAAAGAGGACUUUGAAACACGUGAAAAGUGUAAACUAAUAGGGAAGUCUUCCUGAGUCUGCACACAGCCUAAACUAGUAGCUUUAAGAGAUCUGAAUAUCUCCUCUUAGUGGGAUAUUGACUCAGAAACUUCGUAGAGAAGUUUAAAUAUGAACACUGCUAACUAUAUUAAUGCCGAUCACUGUAGCAGAAACAUCAGUCACUGUUGUAUUUCACAGAUCUCUAUGCUGCUUUCCACAUCUCCCAAGUGCCAAAAGCACCAGCUGCCAGAAUCUUCAGCUUCACUUGGGCAGCUUUUAUAAUGCAGUAAUGUGCUAUCGAUAUGAAAAUAUUUUUGCAUAAAUGCUUUUUAUCACAGUUAAUAAAACGGAGGCCUACUGCACUUAUUUUUUAAAACUACAUGAAGCUGCCAGAGAAUUUCCAGUUUGCCAACCCUGCGUACUGUGAAAUCCAGGAUCUUGCUACACAAAUGCAGACACCGCCUGCUGUGGGAUACCUGAAGCCUUGACUGUAACACCCCUUUCUCCGCAGAACUCGUGGGCCAUCUCUGUAGAGUUCUUACUGUGUACAUAGAAAUCGGUUUCCUCUGCUUUCCAGCAAGGAGUAUGUAGCAUUUUAUGAAAACAGGGCCACUGUAUAUUCUCUAAAUUGAAAGGAAAAGAUACCUGGUGCUUUACUCAACACUUUAAAUUAUUUAACUUUUUCUCUCAUCACUGAAAUGCCCUUUGUCCUUUUUUCUCUAUGUUCCUGACCCAGAUAUCCAAAGUUUUCUAGGGACUGUCUGUUUAAAGUGAUUCAUGGGGCAGCAGUCUGCCCCUGCAUAUCCUCUGGAACCCCGGCUAACUCCCGUGGUGUGCCGCUAUUGCAAGGGGCUCCCAGAGUAUCUGCAUUACUUUGAACAGAGUUUCUUCAAUGGAACCUUUUUUUCCUCUGCUUAGUAGUUCUGAGCAGCACACAGCUGAAGUCUCUUGCUGGUGUUCUUUCUUAACAAUGAUGCUCCAAGUUGUGUACAAGCCUCUUCUGUUUCCAGCUUUCUCUAGGGAGAUUCCGGUGUGUGACCAUAUGGAUGUUGCCCUUUUUGUACACUCUUCAGCACAGGGGUGAGUGCAUCUGUUACCUAGAAAGUCUUGAAUUCUAAACAGGAUGAAACUAUUUGGGUGUUUAAAGACCAACCUGCGAUUAUGAUGCAUGACCAUAUCUGCAUUAUGUCUCUGAUCUAAUUAAAGGGGUCUUAUUUCAGUUACUGUCUACAUGGUACACCUUCAACUGCUGACUUACAAUAUGCAAUGUUGAUUUCAGCCUUGUACUGUAAAUGUUGUUCUUCACAAAGAGAAUGUGCAAUAGGAAAAAGAUAUGAUGGGUGACAUAAUUUUGACGGGAAAAAAUGUGGGUAACAUGCUAGAUUUCUUAUAAAUAUGAAAUACAGUUUAUUUCCUUUUCCCAUGGGUUUUCCUACUUGGAAAAGGAAAGCGGAAGAUUUGUGCCUGUUUCUGUGCCUGGUGAAUUUCUCAAAUGCAAAGGUAAAUAGAGAUUUGUGUUUAGCUGUAAUUUAAGUGUUGAACCCAUGAAUGUUAGGUUGUGAUUGUAUUGCUCUUGUUUCUCGACUUGCCACACUUAUGGCUUGUUGAGAUGGAGUUUGAAAGCUGCCACCUGUUUGUAUCUGUAUUCCAUCACGUGGGAUAGGCAUUUCACCAACAAUGCAGGGUUUCUGUUGUUGUUUUGUUUCCUUGUUUAAAACACUGGUGCUGUUUGGUCCAAGACAGAGAAACGUGUAGGGAGCGACAAGAAAUGUUGCCUGCACCACAGAAGAGUGAAAAAUGUGACUGCAGUAUUGAUGCCUUGAUAUGAUUUUAACUAUGCAAAUAUACAAAUAGGUGAGGGGGAAAAAUUCUAGGGUUGUGUACCUAAUGGCUUAGUUUUUGCUCUGUAAAUUGCUUGUGCGUGUGUAGGUACAUACAUAUCCAGACAUGCAUGCACAUAUAUAUGCAAAGUCUUCUUUACAUAGAAGUGAUGAAACGAAACACUUUCCUCCAAGUUAUACUUGAUCAAUUGGUGCAAAUAUAACUUGCUGCUGCUAAGGGAGGAUCUGGGCUAAGGGCAGACUUUGGAUUCACAUCUUCCAGGUUUGAAGACCUGUAUAUAACAGUUUGUUUAGCCUUUCUGAAGACCUUGGAAUCUCAUCUAGGACACAUGUCCUUCCUCAUACUCUGCUAAUUUGCUAAUGUUUGAAACAAACAUAGUGAUGGGCAACUCGUUAAUUGAAAAUUCUUUAAUUUGAGAACAAAAGAAUAAAAAGCAGCUGGACCUAUUCCUGGAAUUCCUGUCCUGUUCAGUCAAUACCUCUAUGUUCUGGUUGACCUAGAAAUCGUAGCUACUGCAAUAAAAAGGAUUGAUUCGGGAAUUCAUUCUCUCUGAGAGCAGUUUUUAGUGCUAUGUCCAGCGUAGGAAGCACUUUGCAUCUGCAAACGUGUUCUUCUUAUAGCAAGUGCUAUUUGUCUUUUCUGGAAAAAGGAAAUCAGGACAAGAUGUGAAGUGACUUGCCCAGAGUCACAAAAGGAAUCUUCUGGAGCCGGGACGGAAUGAGAGGUACCAGUUCCCUAGUGUUACCUUCAAAUCACUAGGUUUUAUUCUUUUAAUACAUUUGUCUGUUGAAAGAACUGAAACGUUGACAUACCUUAAAGACCCCCAUCAGGACAGUAAGGGCUAAAAUUAAACAUACAAGCUGUCGUGAUUUGGGGUUGUACGCCUGUGGUAGCCCAGGCUUUGCUCACUCCUUGGCGGUGCUUUGCGGAGUGGAAGGUCAGCACAAUGUGUCGUGAAUAAUAGCAGCAAACAUGUGUCCUGCUCUAGUUUUUUCACAAUCACCCAACAAAAUAAGUCUCAUUUGAUGCUCCAGACUCUUGACUGAGGAGGGAGAAUAUCAUUUUAAAGUGAAGUGUUUCAUCUUUGCUCUACCAGCCUGUAGCGUGACUGACCAUUUCUUUCUUGUGGGGCUUUCUCCCUUUUUCUUUAAACCGAAAUACAGAGGGCUUAAUUGUUCUUUCCUGCCUCUUAAUCCAGGCCUUUGCUUGAGAAGCACCAGGUAGGAAGGUUGUGGAAAACUUUGGACUGCUGAUUCAGGGACAUCCUCUUAAGAUUUAGAAGAGUAGAGAUAUACAACAUAUAAGGGAUUUGACUAUUCCGAUUUCUCUUCUAAUUUAUGGUCAAGACUGCAGCUUCUGUCUUCCAUUUCAUGAUCUUAGUGUAGAUACUAGGCUGUGUUUGUUUAGUUUUUUUCCCUCCCAAGUUAGGAUUAGUUCCUUAGGGUUCAAAUAAGUUCUAAAUUUCACAGAGAAGCACCUGAACCAAAAUCCUGGAUCCAAACAUCCCAGACGUGAUGUGGAGUUCAAACCUGGAUCCCGACUCUGUGGCUUACUAACCUACCCGUUUAGGGAAGGGUUUGUUGUCUCUACGUGGUGUCCGUGUUUUUGGUCCUUUGGAACUAAGCUUUUAAUUUGGUUGCCAGUUCUGCAAGGACUUUUUAACUUCUUAGCAAUGCCGGUGUUCACACGCUCCAUUGCUGGCAGUGUGAUGCGUAGUGAUAAAAUUUGACUCUGUCUAAGGGUUACUGAGAUAAACCAGCAUUAUCAUUCGUAAAGGUCAUUUUCUUGCGUAGUGUUCUGAGCUUUGGAUUUGAAUAUAGCUCACGUCUGAGAGGACACCUCUUCCAACUAUGACCUGCGUCACUGGCAGAGAGUUGAAUAAUCUGUACUUGUGGAAUGGGAAGGUACAAGCUUCCAUUGUUGCAGAUGCAUCAUGUGAUCCACCUGUUUUAUUUUUCUUAUAGUUGUUGUUUGGUUUAUAAUUUUUUUUCAGUUUUAUAGAAAACAAAAAACAACGGGGAAGUUCAGGAUUUUUUCUACAAGGUAUAAAACUCCAAUGAUUUAGUGGUGACUAAAAGAGCUGUGAAAAAUAUCCCAUUAGGAGAUGGUGGGCCAACUUAGGUCCAUUUCUCAUAGACAAGUAGGAUAACCUUUAAGACGCAUGGAACAACGUAAUAAUCGGGAAAACUAACGCUGACAUUUGUUUCCAAGAAAUUCUGUAAGAAAUAUCUAUGGAAAAGACAUCAGUGAUCAAGAAUAAUGUAUAAACUGACAUGUUUGAAACUUGUGUAUCCAUUUAUUUAAUCUCAUACUCUUCAGUGAACGGUACACUUGUGUUCAGUUUUAUGAUCAAAAACAAAGACCAAAGAAGGCCAACCUCAUUUGAUUGUGUAUAUUCUGCCUGUCUUAAGUAUCAAUAGCUGUAAGGAUACAGUGCAAGUGAUCUGGUAACCAGUGGUUCUCGUCCUUUUCUUUUAGGGGGAAAAACAACUUCAAAAUGUAUAAUUUAUUGCUCAGCAAUAACCAUGUUGUUAAAAUAAUAAUAAUUAAAAAAAAAAAAGGAAUUAGCAACAUGUCUUAAUUUCCCAAUAGCAUUAUUAUAUGUUGUAUUUCAGUUUAUUGUAUAUUGUGUUUUUGUAUUUAUUUGUGUUUGGAGGUCUUGCUAUGUCUUUUUGUGUUUAAAUGCUAAUAAACAAGGACAGUGUGUAAGAGUGUAGAAUGCAAAACUCUGAAAUGCUAAACUGUGUUAUUAAAGGAAAAAAUAAAUCUAAGUAGGAAAUCAUAUUUUUUAAAAAAACCUGGUGUGUUGAAUUUGAAUGACGGCUGUUGACUGGCAAAUGGCCACGGUGCAUCCUCUCUCCUCUCUGAACCCACGGUGUGUCGGCUGUUCAGCGCUUUACGCUUCUGCGCCUCAGAGACCUUUAUUGUGGCAUUUCCCUUACUCUUCACAGGAAGUUUGCCAUAAUUUCUUUUCAGGGUCCUGUUUUCCAUGGGAUAACUCUGCUAAAAUAAAGGCAAUGGUGUUCACCCUAA